AUGCUCACCCGCAGCGACGCCGGCGGCGCCGCCGCGGCCGCCGCGCUCGUCGGCGGCGACGUCCCCGCGCCCGACGACGACUUCGGCGGCUGGCGCUCCCUGUGGGGGGCCAACGCAGAGCUGCGCACCGACGCGCGCCGCGUGCUGCGCUGCCGCCGCGUGGCCCCGCUCAGCGUCAGCGGCAGCGCCGUGGUCGACGAGUCGGGGGAGCUCGUGGCCGCGGUGGCUGCCGGGUUACGCGUCGUCACCGGGCCGCGGACGGGGGUCGGGGCGAAGGUGCAGGUGAACAGCCGAGGUUACUGCAACGCGAGCCUCCAGAUCAGAUCGCACACGAGCACGAGGUUGGGGCUGCUGGGGCUGUACCCCCUGGGGACGCUGCUGUGGGACAUGGCCGGCGCGGGGCUCGAGCGGCGGCGCGCGCGGCGGCGGGCGGAGCGGCAGCGGCGGCAGCAGGCGCGGAAGGAGCAGCAGCGGGCGCUGGGCGACGGCGGCGGCGGCGAUGGCGGCGGCGGCGGCGAGCGCGUCUGA